UAAAAAUGAUUCCUUUCUUAGCUAUAUUUUCCCUACUCUUGCUGUUCAUUUUUAACCCUGCAGAUGCCAAUGGUCAUUAUGACAAGAUUUUGGCUCAUAGCCGUAUCAGAGGCCGGGACCAGGGUCCAAAUGUCUGUGCCCUUCAACAGAUUAUAGGCACCAAAAAGAAAUAUUUAAGCACUUGUAGGAACUGGUAUCAAGGUGCCAUCUGUGGGAAAAAAACGACUGUACUAUAUGAAUGUUGCCCUGGUUAUAUGAGAAUGGAAGGAAUGAAAGGCUGCCCAGCAGUUAUGCCUAUUGACCAUGUUUAUGGUACUCUGGGCAUUGUGGGGGCCACCACAACACAGCGCUAUUCUGAUGUCUCCAAACUGAGGGAAGAGAUCGAAGGAAAGGGGUCAUUCACUUACUUUGCACCAAGUAAUGAGGCUUGGGAGAACUUGGAUUCGGAUAUCCGUAGGGGUUUGGAGAGCAAUGUAAAUGUUGAAUUAUUGAAUGCUUUACAUAGCCACAUGGUUAAUAAAAGGAUGUUGACCAAGGACUUGAAAAAUGGCAUGAUUCUUCCUUCGAUGUAUAAUAAUUUGGGGCUUUUCAUUAACCAUUAUCCUAAUGGGGUUGUCACUGUUAACUGUGCUCGAAUCAUCCAUGGGAACCAGAUUGCAACAAAUGGUGUUGUACACGUAAUUGACCGUGUCCUUACACAAAUUGGCACUUCCAUUCAAGACUUCAUUGAAGCAGAAGAUGACCUCUCAUCUUUUAGGGCAGCUGCCAUUACAUCUGAUAUAUUGGAGACCCUUGGAAGAGACGGUCACUUUACGCUCUUUGCUCCAACCAAUGAGGCUUUUGAGAAACUCCCCCGAGGGGUCCUAGAAAGGAUCAUGGGAGAUAAAGUGGCUUCUGAAGCUCUGAUGAAGUACCACAUUUUAAAUACUCUCCAGUGUUCUGAGGCCAUUAUGAGUGGAGCAGUCUUUGAGACCCUAGAAGGAAACACGAUUGAAAUAGGAUGCGAUGGUGACAGCAUAACAGUAAAUGGAAUCAAAAUGGUGAACAAAAAAGAUAUUGUGACAAACAAUGGUGUCAUCCAUUUGAUUGAUCAAGUCCUAAUUCCCGAUUCUGCCAAGCAAGUUAUUGAGCUGGCUGGAAAUCAGCAAACAACUUUCACAGACCUUGUGGCUCAAUUAGGCUUGGCGUCUUCUCUGAGGCCAGAUGGGGAAUACACUUUGCUGGCUCCUGUGAACAAAGCGUUUUCUGAUGAUACUCUUAGUAUGGAUCAGCGCCUUCUUAAAUUAAUUUUGCAGAAUCACAUAUUAAAAGUAAAAGUUGGCCUUAAUGAGCUUUACAAUGGACAAAUACUUGAGACUAUUGGAGGCAAACAACUCAGAGUCUUCGUAUAUCGUACAGCUGUCUGCAUUGAAAAUUCAUGCAUGGUGAGAGGAAGCAAACAAGGAAGAAAUGGUGCUAUUCAUAUAUUCCGAGAAAUCAUCAAACCAGCAGAGAAAUCACUGCAUGAAAAAUUAAAACAGGAUAAGCGCUUCAGCAUCUUCCUCAGCUUACUUGAAGCUGCAGACUUGAAAGAUCUUCUGACACAACCUGGAGAUUGGACCUUAUUUGUGCCAACCAAUGAUGCCUUUAAGGGAAUGACUAAUGAAGAAAAAGAAAUUCUGAUUCGGGACAAAAAUGCUCUUCAAAACAUUAUUCUUUACCACUUGACACCAGGAGUUUUCAUUGGAAAGGGAUUUGAACCAGGUGUUACUAACAUUCUAAAGACCACACAAGGAAGCAAAAUUUAUCUGAAAGGAGUAAAUGAUACACUUCUGGUGAAUGAAUUGAAAUCAAGAGAAUCUGACAUUAUGACAACAAACGGUGUCAUUCAUGUUGUAGAUAAGCUCCUCUAUCCAGCAGACACACCAGUUGGAAAUGAUCAGCUGCUGGAAAUACUUAAUAAACUGAUCAAAUACAUCCAAAUUAAGUUUGUUCGUGGUAGUACCUUCAAAGAAAUCCCCAUGACUGUCUACAGACCCACAAUAACAAAGGUCAGAAUUGAUGGUGAACCUGAAUUCAGACUGAUUAAAGAAGGUGAAACAGUAACUGAAGUGAUUCAUGGAGAGCCAAUUAUUAAAAAGUACACAAAGAUAAUUGAUGGAGUGCCUGUGGAAAUAACUGAAAAAGAGACACGAGAAGAAAGAAUCAUCAAAGGUCCUGAAAUAAAAUACACCAGAAUUUCUGCUGGUGGAGGAGACACAGAAGAAACUCUGAAGAAAUUGCUGCAAGAAGAGGUCACCAAGGUCACCAAAUUCAUUGAAGGUGGUGAUGGUCAUUUAUUUGAAGAUGAAGAAAUUAAAAGACUGCUUCAGGGAGACACACCUGUGAGGAAGGUACAAGCCACCAAGAAAGUUCAAGGAUCUAGAAGACGAUCAAGGGAAGGUCGUUCUCAGUGAAUAUCCAGAGACCGGACACCAAAAUUGAUAAAAUCCUAAAUCAAUAACUUGACCUUAAAGGAAAAUUAUAAGAACCACUUUGACGUCAG